UUUCAAAAAUCAACCAUUAUUGGGGAGCAUGAUAACUUUCAGAGUAACAAAAAUGGAACAGCUAAUUAAACAUUGCCCAUUUGUGUCACGAUUACCUACCAAUUACAUUCGCAAAGUGAAUUGCUAUCUGCCGAAGUAUGCAGAAAUAUGUCCUGUCAUGUCGAAGAUCAUGGAUCACAACGGAGACUCAGAUGCUACCAGUCAGAAGAAGUUCGAGACCGGCCUCGACUCAAUCCAGUCCGCUUCCGAUCAACUAGCGAAGCUGCACAACCAGUACGGAAUCAAAUUCGACACUGCUGACAAAAACAUUGAGGCAUCCAAAUGUCCUAUGAUGAAGGGACUGCGUGGGAAUUCACAAGGGGCCAAUGAGCAUAAGUUCCCAGUGGUGAAGAAAGUGUGUGAUGAAAUGCGACAGCAGAACAGUAGACUACCGAAGUUUGGGGAUAUCGACUACGAACAGGUGAUGCAGAAACACAUCGAAAUAAAGAAAAAUGACCACUCCUACAGGUUUUUCAAAUCCGUUGAGAGACAGGCUGGAAUCCAUCCGAUUGCAUUUGAACAUGAGAAGAGCGUACCAGUUUGGAACGCAAUGAAAUCUCAGAAUGAGGAAAUCAUGGACGGGAUUCGAGACACUCGAGACAUAACUGUGUGGUGCAGCAAUGACUACUUGGGAAUGACUUCUCACCCCAAGGUCGUCGAGGCGGCAACUGCUGCCAUUAAUCUACACGGAUCGGGUGCGGGAGGCACCAGGAAUAUUUCGGGAACCACUCCCUAUCAUUACAUGUUAGAAGCUGAACUGGCGGAUCUGCAUCAGAAAGAGGCAGCUUUGAUCUUCACUUCGUGUUAUGUUGCGAAUGACACGACUUUGUUCACACUUCCGAAAUUGCUGCCUGGGUGUGAAAUCUAUUCUGACGAAGGCAACCAUGCAUCAAUGAUCCAAGGCAUCCGCAACAGCAGGGCACCCAAGUACAUCUUCAAGCACAAUGACCCUCAACAUCUGGAGGAGCUGCUGUCCAAAGCAGACCCAUCCACUCCCAAAGUGGUCGCAUUCGAGUCAGUGCACUCUAUGGACGGAAGUAUCUGUGACCUGCACGAGAUGUGUGACGUAGCUCACAAGUAUGGAGCCCUGACUUUCGUGGAUGAAGUGCAUGCAGUGGGUCUGUAUGGGGAAAGAGGGGCGGGCAUAGGGGAGAGAGACAAGGCACUCCACAAGAUUGACAUCCUAUCGGGAACCCUUGGCAAGGCAUUUGGCAACAUUGGAGGAUACAUCGCGGCCAACGCAUCACUCAUCGACGCUAUCCGAAGUUACGGCUCGGGCUUCAUCUUCACAACAUCUCUACCUCCCUCGGUACUCUACGGCGCAAUCACGGCCAUCCGAAUACUAAAAGGAGAGGAGGGACAGGAGUUACGUAAUAGGCAACAGGAGAACGUCAAGUUGUUACGUAAUAAGCUGCUGCAUUCUGGGCUGCCUGUGAUCGAUGCGCCCAGUCAUAUCAUACCUAUUCAUGUAGGAAAUCCGGAAGCGUGCACUCGAGUUUCAGACUACCUUUUGGACAAAUACGGAAUCUAUAUUCAAGCUAUCAACUAUCCUACUGUGGCAAGGGGAACUGAGAGACUUCGAAUUGCCCCCUCGCCUCUUCAUACGGAGGAAAUGAUGGAUGAAUUGGUAGGGGCUCUAUUUGAGACUUGGGUCGAGAAUAGACUGCCGCUUGACCUACCAAUGUGUCCGGCAAAUGGGUGCGACUUCUGCCGUGACAAGGCAGAGGAAUCGUCUUGCAGCUUCAGGGCUAGUAACGAGUCACAAAUGCAUAAUGAAGGCGGUGGUAUUCAAGUGUCAGCUUGAAUGAUAAAUUAACUCCUGAAUUGCACGCACUAUUACAAAAAUUGACAAGACUUACCUAACCAGUAGUUUGCAUAAUAUAUGCUUGACUGCCGUCAAAAUCAGGAAAUGGCGUUCCAGACUAAACUGAAAAAUGUUUUAUCCAAAAUAAGUAAUGAAUGUUCUAUAUUUUAAAAGCACAGAAUUGAACCAAGUUUUUGA